CACACACGUACACACACACUCACACUUCAUUGUAAUUAUUUUAAAACAAUAAAAUACAAGGAGAAUUUGCGUCAACUUAAAAAAGGAAUUACUUAAUUUCCAUUCAAAAAUGAAAGAAGCCUUAAAUCGGAUGCAUUGUCAUAGAAAAGCAUGGAAAUGGAUAUUCCACUUGUUCGUCUUUACGAUUUGUAUCAUUUUACUGGUCUAUCGAACAUCGGAAUGGUUACAAGCUUAUCAUUUGUUAUUAAACGAUCAUAAAGUUAAUCGACUGAGUGAUUAUUUUUUACACCACUCAAAUUUCAAUGAAGUCAAUAUGAUCAGUGAUCACACUACUCCUACUACUGAUAUCAAUAGUAGUAGUAGUAGUAGUAAUAAUAAUAAUAACCAUAAUAACAAGAACACUAUUAAUCAGCACAUGUAUAUUGGAAAAACAAACAGUGAUGUAAAAAAGGAUAAACAAAACGCUACAAUUAUUCUAUGUAACAUUAAUCCAAUAAGUAUUCAAUUAUCACUCGGUUUACUUGUAUGUAUUGAAGGGAAUGUUCUAAAUUACGACAGUAUUCUUUUUUUGGGGGGGGGUCAUCCUACUUCAAAAGAAAAUCAGCGACCAUUUUCAGAGGUGUGUGGAUCUAUAGAUUAUUGA